CUGCUGCUGCUGCCAUCACCGCGAGAUGCGCGUCAAACGGGCAUCAUCAGCAUGUAGACCCACAUCUCUCCUUCACCCAUCACUCUAUCAAUCAGCGCCAAAAAUAACAGCAACGAUGUGACCAAAACGACCCUCCUUUACGUUCCCGACAGCACAAUACGCCGUAUUUAACAGAUUAAUUAAUGCGGACAUGGUACAAUCUCAUCUGCAUCAUUCAGAUUUUCUUCCGCAUAAGAUGAAGUGGUCACCACCGUCUGCUGCCUCCUGCUCCCUUCAUUUGAUUUCUAUUCUGCACCGUUGCGCAUCAUCUGCGUUUGGAAUAGCGUAAAGGUCAAAUGAUGUGACUUUCAUUUUUGUGUUCUCCAUGAUGGGCAUGAUUUGAGGAUAAAUCACUGGAUAUCAUUCCGUUUUUCCUGCCUUUUUUUCCGACUCAACGUCAAAUGUCCUUGGAGCAUGGCCUGCGCGGUUAUUUACCGACAUUAUUCCUGUGUCACUAGAUCCCCUUUAUUGUUUAAUAAUCAGUAACACUUGCUUAAUUUGGUCUUCAUAGCGAUGGAUUGGCACAAUGGCUACCACUUUAUUUGCUGAUUUUUUCUUUAUGGGGGGAUAUUUCAGGGGAACCCCUGCUACCACACCAUAGAAUAGAAAACCCCAAACAACCUGACAAUUCAUGUCUCAAUAUGGAGAACUACAUAGAGAACAUCUUAGAAAUAGGUGAGGAGGAAUAUAAGUAGGACAAAAUAGAUAACGCAUUUUUACCAGGUACCCAUUUUUUAGCUCAUAGCGUUAAAAGCUGCCAGUCUUCCACAACCAACACACCAUCAUGGGGGAUCUGGGCAAUAGCACGGUAGAGUUCCACCCUAAGAAGCCAGGGAUGGACAGAGGAGGUCAAGAGGGGGAUUUCGGGGUGUCAGUGGAUGAGUUGUGCUCGCUGAUGGAGCUCAGGGGAGCCGAGGCCCUGCAGAAGAUCCAGGAGAACUUCACAGAUACAGAAACUCUCUGUCACAGACUCAAGACUUCACCUGCAGAUGGACUGUCGGACAAUCCUGCUGACUUGGAAAAACGUCGGCAGGUGUUUGGAAUGAACUUCAUCCCUCCUAAGAAGCCCAAGACCUUCCUUCAGCUCGUGUGGGAGGCUCUACAGGAUGUUACCCUCAUAAUCCUGGAAAUUGCGGCCAUUAUUUCCCUCGGACUGUCCUUUUACCAGCCGCCAGGAGGGGACAGUGAAGCAUGUAGUAAUGUGAGUGCAGGUGCGGAGGACGAGGGAGAGGCGGAGGCGGGCUGGAUCGAGGGUGCAGCUAUCCUGCUCUCUGUGCUCUGCGUGGUGCUGGUGACGGCGUUUAAUGACUGGAGCAAAGAAAAGCAGUUCCGUGGCCUGCAGAGCCGUAUCGAGCAGGAGCAACGCUUCGCUGUGGUGCGGAACGGCACGGUCAUUCAAAUCCCCGUGGCUGAGAUGGUGGUGGGGGAUGUUGCCCAAGUCAAAUAUGGCGACCUCCUGCCUGCGGAUGGUGUUCUCAUCCAAGGGAACGACCUCAAGAUCGAUGAGAGCUCCCUCACCGGAGAGUCUGAUCACGUACGCAAAUCCAUCGACAAGGAUCCCAUGCUGCUGUCAGGCACUCAUGUAAUGGAGGGGUCAGGGAAAAUGGUGGUGACCGCUGUUGGUGUCAACUCUCAAACGGGAAUCAUCUUCACCCUCCUGGGGGCCGGAGAGAUGGAGGAAGAGAAGAAAGACUGCAAGAAAGCUAAGAAACAGGAUGAGGCUGUUGCCAUGGAGAUGCAGCCUCUGAAGAGUGCAGAAGGUGGGGAAGUGGAGGAGAAAGAGAAGAAAAAAGCCAGUGUGCCCAAGAAGGAGAAAUCAGUUCUUCAGGGCAAACUCACCAAGCUGGCAGUGCAAAUCGGGAAAGCAGGUCUGGUGAUGUCCGCCAUCACUGUGAUUAUACUGAUGCUGUACUUCGUGAUCGAAACAUUCGUCAUUCAGGGACGGGUGUGGCUGACGGAGUGCACGCCUAUUUAUGUGCAGUACUUUGUCAAAUUCUUCAUCAUCGGAGUUACAGUUCUGGUGGUGGCUGUGCCAGAGGGUUUGCCACUGGCUGUCACCAUAUCACUGGCCUAUUCCGUAAAGAAAAUGAUGAAGGACAAUAACCUGGUGCGUCAUUUGGAUGCCUGCGAGACUAUGGGCAAUGCCACGGCUAUUUGCUCGGAUAAAACAGGGACCCUCACCACAAACCGGAUGACAGUUGUGCAGAUUUAUAUACUAGACCAACACUUCCGUGACAUCCCAACACCAGAUCAGAUUAACCCCAGGACACUGGAGCUCAUGACCACUGCUAUUGCCGUGAACUGCGCCUACACCUCCAAAAUAAUAGCUGCAGAUAAGGAAGGUGGGCUGCCCAAACAGGUGGGCAAUAAGACCGAGUGUGCUCUGCUGGCACUUGUGCAGGACCUGAAACAGGACUACCAAGCCGUGAGGGAGCAGAUCCCCGAAGAGAAGCUCUAUAAAGUGUACACCUUUAAUUCUGUUAGAAAAUCCAUGAGCACCGUCAUUCAGAUGCCUGAUGGAAGCUUCCGCUUAUACAGCAAAGGAGCCUCUGAGAUCCUGCUCAAAAAGUGCUCGUUCAUCUUAGGCCGUGACAGUGAGGUUCGUGCUUUUAAGCCCCGGGACAAAGAUGAUAUGGUGAAGAAAGUGAUUGAACCGAUGGCAUGCGAAGGCCUUCGUACAAUUUGCAUCGCUUACCGGGAGUUUCCAGCUGACCCAAUGCCAGACUGGGAAAACGAGACAGACAUUGUCUCCAACCUUACCUGCAUCACCGUGGUAGGCAUUGAAGACCCUGUUCGACCGGAGGUCCCAGAUGCUAUCAAAAAGUGCCAACGAGCAGGCAUCACUGUGCGUAUGGUGACGGGUGACAACAUAAACACUGCGCGUGCCAUUGCUGCCAAGUGUGGCAUCAUCAGUCCUGGCGACGACUUCCUGUGUAUGGAAGGGAAGGACUUCAAUAGGCGAAUCAGGAACGAGAAAGGAGAGAUUGAACAAGAGCGCAUUGACAAAAUUUGGCCCAAGCUCAGAGUUCUUGCUCGUUCUUCCCCCACAGACAAACACACACUUGUCAAAGGUAUCAUAGACAGCACCGUUUUGGAACAAAGGCAGGUAGUUGCAGUCACUGGUGACGGCACAAACGACGGACCUGCUCUGAAGAAAGCUGAUGUGGGGUUUGCAAUGGGCAUUGCUGGUACAGAUGUGGCCAAGGAGGCCUCUGACAUCAUCCUGACGGACGAUAACUUUUCCAGCAUAGUGAAGGCCGUGAUGUGGGGACGGAAUGUGUAUGACAGCAUCUCCAAGUUCUUGCAGUUUCAGCUCACAGUGAAUGUGGUGGCUGUCAUAGUAGCCUUCACUGGUGCCUGCAUCACGCAGGAUUCACCCCUUAAGGCCGUGCAGAUGCUGUGGGUCAAUCUGAUCAUGGACACGUUUGCUUCUCUGGCUCUUGCCACGGAGCCGCCCACCGAAUCGCUGCUCCUGAGAAAGCCUUAUGGCCGAAACAACCCCCUCAUAUCUAGAACCAUGAUGAAAAACAUACUCGGACAUGCAGUCUACCAGCUCAUCAUCAUAUUCACUCUGCUGUUCGUAGGUGAGAGGAUCUUUGAUAUAGACAGCGGCCGUAAUGCUCCGCUUCACUCUCCUCCCUCCGAACAUUACACCAUCAUCUUCAACACAUUUGUCCUCAUGCAACUCUUCAAUGAGAUCAAUGCCCGUAAGAUCCAUGGAGAGAGGAACGUGUUUGAUGGAAUCUUCUCAAACCCCAUCUUCUGUUCAAUCGUGCUGGGGACCUUUGCAAUACAGGUUGUGAUUGUGCAGUUUGGUGGGAAACCCUUUAGCUGUUCCCCCUUAAAUGUGGAGCAGUGGCUUUGGUGCCUGUUUGUGGGAAUGGGAGAGCUGGUCUGGGGACAAGUGAUAGCAUCAGUGCCAACACAUCAGCUGAAGUGUCUGAAAGAAGCGGGCCACGGGCCGGCUCCAGACGAGAUGAUGGAUGAAGAUCUAGCUGAGGAUGAGGACGAGAUUGACUAUGCUGAGAGAGAGCUGAGACGAGGACAGAUCCUGUGGUUCCGAGGUCUCAACCGAAUUCAGACUCAGAUGGAGGUAGUGAGUACCUUCAAGAGAAGUGGUUCGUUUCAGGGUGCAGUGAGACGCCGCUCUUCAGUGCUCAGCCAACUCCAUGACGUAACCAAUAAUUCUACUCCCUCUCACGUAGUUCUCUCCACUGCCAAUGCAACUGGUGCCCCCGGGAGUGAGUCCUUACAUUCCGUUAACGGCACCUCGUAGAGCCCGUGCACUCAGAUGGCUUAGCAUAUACAUGAACACACACACGUGCAUUGUUGCCUGCCUUCAAAGCACCUAGUCUGCUGAAUGUUGAGUGUGUGCGAGAGAGAGAGAGCAGAUUAUCAUCAGAGCAUCUGCUUCAUCUCUCUACUUGUGCAUUUUUAUUAGUUUGUUUUGCUUAUUAGUUUGUGGCCUUUCUUUCUUUCUUCUUCCUUUCUUUCUUCCUUUCUUCCUUGCUACCUCAUAACUUAUUUCUUGCUCUUGCUGUUUAUUCUGGCUUGAUGCUGCCAAGAUGUUUUUUUUUAUUGUUGCCUUUUUUUGAUUCUCCCGUUGUUUGAUUUUGCCAAUAAUUCACCCUCAAAUCAAUGUUGCCAUAAAGGGCUACCGGAAUUUCACUCAAAAGAGCCAAACAACAAUUGAACUGAAUUGAGAAACUAAAGUGGAGAUGUUUCAUCUGUUUGCUAAAUCAAAAGCUGACUACAUGGGAACAACGAAAGCAAUGGUUGACUGUUGUAAACCUGCGAGUAUAAGCCCAUAAUGGUUUCUGCUGCCAUUUUCAUAUUAGGGAUAUUAGCAUUAAUAAUGCUAACAUUUUUCUAUCCCGUUCAGGACAAAAAGCAUACUUACGGUGUGCCAUGUUUUUUGCUCAUGUCUUUUGCACUGUCUUUGUGCGCCUUGUUCAGAUUCUCCUCUCUCUCUUCACAGGUUUCGUGUUAUAACCUGCCAAACUUGUCAUCUAAUGAAAAUGUCCUGCUAAUUGUUGCUGCUUGAGUUUCUACACAUUAGAAAAUCUUUCUUUCUAUCUGCUGCUAUGUCACAAAACAGCUAUAGUUUUGGACACAAUCUUCUUGAAAGUCAUUCUCACAGACAGCGAUUUGUUUAUGAGCAUUUAAUGCACCAAAUAUAACAUCAACAUUGCCCUCCAGGUACCAGAAGCGAUCUUUUCUGUGGUCUAAAGAAACAGCUGCGUCUUAGCGUUUCCAAAUCCCUUCAAAGAGACCACCAAGCAUUAGCCCAGCUGGAACCCCCUUAGUUUCAUUAUCACUUCCCCUUUAAUGUUAAUCUUCAGUUGCUUUUAUUUAUGAACCUUUAAAAUGAAAGUACGAGUUCACUUUCUAUUUUGUCCUCACUUUUUUAACAGAGGGUUUUUUUUUUUUGUCUUAUCCUGUCCUGUCAGUCUUGUCCAGUGUUUCUUUUCCGUUGUUCUUUUUUUGUGUUUGUCUUCGUUUCAUUGUCUUGUAGCAUUUUGUGCUAUGUUAUCUUAGCUUAAAGGGUUAGUUUACCCAAAAAUGAAAACUACCCCAUAAUUUACUCACCCUCAAGCCAUCCUAGGUGUAUAUGACUUUCUUCUUUCAGCCAAACACAAUCAGUUAUAUUAAAAAAGCUCAUCCAAGUUUUAUAAUGGGAGUGAUAGAAGGCUGAGUUUUUGAAGUCCAAAAAAGUGCAUCCAUCGAUCAUAAAACGUACUCCAUGCAACGCAUUACACAAUGCCAUGACGUUCUACGCUAUGUCCUAUUUUAUAAUGUGUAGUACGUCAUGUUAUUGUGUACUAUGUCGCAAAAGUUAGCGCUUUUUGGGGCGUACGUCGAAUGCAUAUGGCUGUUGCACCGGAAGCUUGUUAUUUUACUUUAUAAAGCUUUACAUAAGGAUAUUUGUCUUACACAAAUGCAUCGAUUCCUUUCAGAAGGCCUUUAUUAACCCCCCGGAGCCUUGUGGAGUACAUUUAUGAUCAAUGGAUGCACUUUUUUGGACUUCAAUCACUCCCAUUAUAAAGCUUGGACAAGCCAGGAUAUUUUUAAUAUAACUCUGAUUGUGUUCAUCAGAAAGAAGAAAGUCACAUACACCUAGGAUGGCUUGAGGGUGAGUAAAUUACAGGGUAAUUUUCAUUUCCAACAAAGAAGGGAAAGAUCCAGCUAAAUAACUUUCAUUUAAUAUUUUUAUAGUUAUAUUUUCACAAAAAUAAUGUAGACAUACUUUGGUGAUGUUGAACAAGAGGGCUGCCUCUCAAAAGCUUUUGUUGGGCCGUCGCACCACAACAAAAGGAAAUGACUUUGUGCCGUAGGAUUAGACUUCCAUCCAUCAAACGUCUGUGUUUCACCUCCCUUCUCCUGCCGUCUGUCAUGAGGAGUUCUGAUGUGAUGUGUUUGGAGCUGUUCAAACACAAUCCCUUUUCUGUUUUUCCAUCCAGUGCCUGAAUUACAAAAGACUAGCCGAUUCCUCACUGCAGUUAAUUUACAAUGUUUUAUUUUUCCUCUUUUGAUAUCAUAACCAUUACGAAUUCUGGGCCUUAUACUCGAAAGUUUACAAUGUCAUUGCUGCGUAGCUUUAAAUUAAGCAGGAACCACAAAACAAAUGGCUCUUUGGAAAAACAAAGCCGCAGAAGCGCUGUUGUGUCCAUGUUGUGAAGUCCCCUCCCUCUGUCAGUCACAUUGCUUUGUGGUCAUUCCCAAGCGUGGUUUGGCUAUGCAUGUAGAAUGCGGAGAACGGGGAAAAAUAAUCCUGUCCGAUGAAUGUGACGGUCCAACAUGCAUGGUCACACACACGAAUGGUUUCUUUUGAAGAAGAUGCAUUUUCACCACGGCUGCUGUAGAAUCGCACAUGACGAGAACGAGGACGUCAGAAAAAGGAAUAUGGAACAAUUUGAUCAAUGAUUUUACUGAUUUUGUUUUUUCUAUUGAAUGUGUACUUGCAUGCCAUGCAUGAACGGGAAGAGGAAACUUGAAUUAUUGUGCAUGGUUGCAUGGGAGACAAGUCCCAUUUAAUGUGUUCAUACUUUUGAGGGCAUAGAGAGUUUAGUUUUUCUUUCUUUUUCUUUCCAAAACAAGGCAAUCAAAAUCUUCUAAAUGUCCUCAUAUUAGACUGAGCUAAUAUAAUCAAUGAUACCUUGCUUUAUGUUAUAUCAUUUUUUUUCUCCAUUGAUUUAUUGAAAGUGGAUUUAAAAAAAGACUUACAAAUAUACCCUAUAAAUGUAACGAAUAGAAAACUGAUGUCAGAACAAUAAAUAAUGCUUACAGUCACUAAUGCAAUCUGUUUUUUCAAGACUGUUGAAUCCGUAUUACAGAGUUUGUCAGCACCAACAGUAUGUGAAUACGCAUGUCUUUAUUUCCUGUAUGUUGUGUAGUGUAAACCUCACCUUUUAUGUUCUAAACAUGUGUUUUUGUGUGUGUACUGUGUACACUGUGUGUAUGUGUGUGUUUGUACCACAUGGUGGCGUGUACCUUCAAAAUCAUUGUUUUUUGGUGUUUACUGUUGUUUGUUCGCAUGUGUUUUUUGUUUUUAUCAGUGUUCCAUGGAUUUUAAUCACCUGGUAUUGAACUGGCAACAGUGAAAGUUGUAAUACUAUUUUUGAAUUUUGCAGACA